AUGAGUUUAAGAUACUGCUGCAACAAACGGUGCGAUUGGGAUAUACAUGUAACUUGUGCAGCUAGUCCUGAUAUUUUGUCGACGCAUAUUCACCAUGACCAUCGGUUAAAUCUGAUAUGGACCAAGGGAAAUCCUGACGAGAUUGAAGUGAAGGGAGGACUAUGUGGUGUCUGCGAUGGGUGUACUGGUCGGCUUUUCUAUUCAUGUCCAUUUUGUCCAAGAGAAGCAGGUUACUUCUUGCACCCCACAUGUUCAACAUAUCCAUCGCGUAUAAAUCACCCAUUAGAUUGGGUUCAUUCUCUUGUGUGGAAAUCUGGUCCGCGUAAAUGGUGCUCAAUUUGUAGAAAGCUUUGUCCGAUCUGGCAUUACGGAUGUGAACCCUGCUCAGUUGAUGUUCAUUUCGAGUGCGCCUCCGGUGACCAACAAGAAAAUGGCGGUGCUGCUCAUGGUAACCUUACGACAGGACCAGAGGAGAACGUUUCGGUUUUUGCAGCUGUAGGAGGGUUCUUUGUGGGUAUAAUCCAACUAAUAGCUGGGGGCAGUUGA